CGCAGCUCUCUCCACAUCGACGCAACCCUGCGCCCGUUUCAUGCUCACGGCACUCAUAUCAUGCUUCAAUUUGCUAUGCUAAGACUCGAUAUUUGGCUUUGCAAUUGGUAAUGGUAGCCUCAUCCGGUUGCUCUUGCCGUCUGCUGAGAGCUUGUUUUGGGCUGGUUGCGUGGGCUUCGAGCCGUUUUUUCCAGUUGGGUCGUUGUCUAGGCGCAGACGGGGAAAGAGCGACGCAGCUGCGAAAUGAGGGUCCCUUCUCGACGUGUUGCACCACCCUGGAUUUCAAAGAGAAUUUCAGAGAUGAUUCUGUGCCCACUGCAGUAAGUCUAUUGGCGAAGCUGCGAAAGAUACGAGAGCAAUGACGUGUGAGUGCAUGGCUGCAGUUCCAGCAAACCAGGUCCUGGCGUCAGUUCACAGGGUCUGGAUGCCUGAUGCACAGAAGUGGGUGAAGAAUGGGUGAGAAAUGUUCCUUACAGAUAUCGCAAUCGCUACAAACACGCUGCCAGCUACAAACGACAGACAAAUGUCUACUCAGAAAGGAAGUGCGCCAAAGACGCCAGGAAUCCAAAGGUGUUCAGAAGGGUGGCUUAGAGCUUUGGAGCCUGGAACCCGCCAAGGACAUCAGUGUUGUCCCACUUGGGUGCCUUCUCGAAGAUAGCCCUGACCAUCUCUCCACCACGGCUUGCAAGAACAGAAAGAAGGGUAUCGCUCAA